CUUUGGUGGUGAGAUUUCUGACAAGACGCUUCAUCUGGGAGUACGACCCCACACUUGAAUCCACGUACCGUCAUCAGGCCAGCAUCGAUGACGAAGUCGUCACCAUGGAAAUUCUGGAUACAGCCGGGCAGGAGGACAACCAGCAGAAGGAGGGUCACAUGCGCUGGGGGGAUGGAUUCAUCAUCGUCUAUGACAUCACAGACCGAGGAAGUUUUGAGGAUGUGGCUCCACUUCGCAGCUUCCUAGAGGAGGUGAAGAAGCCCAAGAACGUCCCUCUGGUUCUGGUGGGCAACAAGUCCGACCUGGAACACGUCCGGCAGGUCGCAACAGAAGAAGGCGAACGGCUGGCAGCCGAAAUGGCGUGUGCCUUUUACGAGUGCUCAGCUUGCGCCGACGAGGGCGGCGCCAUAGCCGAGGCUUUCCAUGAGCUAUGCAGGGAGGUGCGACGACGCAAGGCUGUCCAAGGCAAAGCCAGACGCCGCAGCUCCACCACGCAUGUCAAACAGGCCAUCAACAAGAUGCUUACCAAGAUCAGCAGCUAGGAGAGGGCAACGCUGACGCCUGAUGGAGGACAACUUUCCCACGGAUCUAUUUGACAGUAUCUCAGGAGGAGAUGGGCAGGAAUUUUUUUAAUUCUCUGAUUAUAUACAAAAAAGAAAUACAUGUUUUAUUUGUCUAAAGAUUUGCAAGAAAAUGUUAUUUUGAAAUCUGUAAGUUUGGGUCAUAUUGUUUGUAGCAUUAAAAAGACUAAAUGAUAUUGUGAUAUAAUACAGCAUGCAGGCAUUAUUAUACAGGGAACCAGAUCAUGUAUGGACACUGAGCAGUAGACUUUAGUCUUUAGGGUGAGCAUUCAUCAUCGCUCCGUCAUCAGUGGUUCCAGAACUUUAAAAUCAGAAAAUAAUACCAGAAAAAUUCAGAUCUAACAGGCUUCUCUCCUGAUUACUGAUUGGAUUGUGUUCUCCGCAGCCUCAUAUCAAACCUGUAAACCGUCAGGUUCUUUGUGUUUGUCUGAGACUGAAGCACUUUAUGUAUUAGGGAGGUUCUGAAUGUUAAUAUUGUAAACGAGAAUCCAUGUAUACAUAUAUAUGGUAGUAAACAGCCUAAAGAACUGCUGUGUCCUAAGCUGGAGUGGACAGAAGCCAACAGUACUGAAGAAAAAAGAGGCUGCAUGUCUUUAAAUGUGGUUUGAAUUGUCUCUGAUUUAAACUGUCUUCUGUGUGCUUGUAAUUAAACUGUAUGCCAAUAGUUCUCUCUUCAA